AGUUCUUGGUCGAUGCGGCUCGACUUGACGUUCUUCUUCUUACUACUACUACGGCUAGCUGUGGCUAAUGUUGUGGAGAUAACUUCAGUCAAUUUCGACUACCUUCUUAGGGACGCAGAUGAUCCCCGACCUUUUUUAAUAUUCCUGUACUCGCCGACGUGUCCACAUUGCAAAGCAUUGAAGCCAGUAUGGGAGGACGUGUGUACAGUCGCUGAGAAGGAGCAGCUUUUCCGAGUCGGAGUAUUGGACUGCAUGGCUCAAUCACAUCUAUGCGAGCGUUUGGGUGAAACCAAGGUUCCGAGCGUUUAUGUCUUCUUCGAUGAUGGGCGGAAAAUGUUGAAGUAUACCGGAGAAAAAGACAGCGAAGAGAUGAGCGAGUUUGCAGCUCGAGCGCAUAAGGUUUACAAUGGCGAUGCUGUAAAUGUCCCCAUUGAGGGGCCAGGCAAGCCUUCCUUCUCGCUGCGAGCCGUGGCCAAAGCUGUUGCUGCUGAAAUCAUCACUUUGAUUCACUUCUCUCCAAUAGGCUGCUGUGCUUUGAUCGUGGCGGGCUUCGUAAUGGGUGUUCUUUUUGAUGCCUUUGUACUGAAAGUUGUUGACGAAGAGGAAACAGUGGAUCCUGGAGAUAAGGAUAAUAACAGGAGUGAUGAAGAAGAGAGCCCUCCAGUUGAAUCGAAGAAGACGCGUUGAUGGUUGCCAAUGCUAAGGGCUGUUCGCUUGGGUUUCAUGUCGUAC